UUAUCUUAUCAAUUACGUAUUUACGUACCAUUUGGUAAAAGUAAUAAUUCUUAAUCUUAGCUAUAUAUGCUGACAUAAUACUGUACAUAUGUAACUGAAAUUCAACUCAAUUUCAAAGACAUCCAUAUGAAAACAGAAAAUAUAGAUUUGUCCCCAAAAUAGAAAAACAAAAUAAGUUCAAAACAAUACAAUCAAUUUAACAAGAAAACGAUAACCCAAUAUCAUACCUAAUUAACAACACAUACCAAAAUAGAAAUGUCCAGUCUAAUUCACCGGUGGCAAAUCAGUCAAAAUACUUCUUCAAAAACUAACUAAAUAUAACCAUUUUAUUGCAUACCCAUAUAUAAACUCAUCUCCCUCUUCUUCAUCAAAACUAAUCCACCACCCGGUGUUCAACAAACAAACACAAGAACGUGUAUAUAUACACACAAUAUAUAUACGUUUCCGUGUAUAUACCAUACACACAAUGUCUAUCAAUCCCUAUAUGACCGUCCUCGGGGCGAUCUUCCUCUUCGCCGCUACCUCAAGCCAAAGCAUGGCAGCGUUGAGUCUUUCUCUCGCUGACCCCUGCACGGUCUCGGAUUUUCCGGCAUUGUGCAGAGGUACCAUUAAGGGUCAAACUAAUGUGAACGCAGCGACGGAUGUGGCCAUUAGAGAGCUGAUGAAACGGACGAGGCAAGCCAAAGAAAUCGCCGAGAAAGAGCUGAAACGCGAUGGAGGAGUCGCGACUUGUUUGUCCAACUUCAAUAGCGCGUUUGACAAUUUGGACAAGGCUCUUACCAACAUUAAGGAAAAUGAUGGUUUUAGCCUUAACAUUAACCUUAGUGCCGCGUUGACGGAUUACGAUACUUGCAGCGACGCGAUGAAGGAAACUCGGGAGAUCAACGUCAUUUAUAAAUCUGCUGGCGUUUUGUAUAAAAUGGCUGAUAAUUGCUUGGCGCUCUCAACCCUCGUUAAACAUUGAUUUUUAAGGAGAAUUGGGGAUUUCGAAUGAAAAAAUGUUUUUAUGGGUUUAUUUCUUUGUUAUUUUAUUUCUUUAAUUUGAUUAAGUUCACUUAAAAAAAAACAAGAAAAACAAACAAAAAGAGAGAGGAUGACGAUCAUGUGUGUAUGUAGAUGGAAAAUGUUUGGACACCGGGUUCUAAUUUCAAACAUGUCAAUUUCUGUUCCAUGUCUUAAAAGUUUUAAUUCGUAAUGUUAUAUUAGUUAGAUAUACUGUUCUA